GGAGGGAAAGGGGGGGUGGGGGAGGGGGGUUUGAUAUUGUGAUGGUGAAGCAGCUUCCCCGUAUGCCUCGUGUCCUCUGAAAGUAUCACAGCAGCCGAUCUUAACACUCGGAGAUCACUGCAUUCGCGAAACAGACACAUAAAAAUCCGCCAAGUCAAUAGCCAAACAGUUUCUUAGAUUGUGUGUAUAUAAGCAAGUCCCAUAAGGUGAUAUCCUCAAGAUUUCCAAUCGGUGUUCCCACUAGAUAUACGCCAGGCUUAAGGACGCCCUGCUGGGAGAAGAAGAAAAAAAUUGUUUAAAAGGACAAAAAGAUGAAAAAGGAAAGCGUGAGCUUACGCGUUUGGAUGAUUCUUCGGGGACUGACGAGGAAGAAUCGGUGAUUUGUGGGAAAGAUUGGGGACUGGAACAAAAGGCGAGGACGCCGAUUUUGUUAUUGAAAAGCGAGAGUGGUUUGAAAGACGUAGGCGCCGUUUGAGUACGGAAGAGAUAAAGCCCUGGUCGAGAUCGCAAUGAAGAUAGAGCUGUAGUGACUGUGUACGUGUUGUAUAUAUGGAAAAAUUGUUGCAAUAGUUGGGUCAAUGGAGAGUCGUGAAAUUUACAGAGGUAGUAGUCCGCCGACAUGCAGCCCUAACAUCUGGAGGAACAGUUCCAUGGAAAUUUUCUCAAGGUCUUCGCGACAAGAAGACGAUGAAGAAGCUCUCAAAUGGGCUGCUUUAGAGAGGCUGCCUACUUAUGACCGUAUAAGGAGAGGUGUACUCACUAAUGCAGAGGGUCAAGCCAGAGAGAUUGACAUAAAGACUCUUGGAUUACUGGAGAGAAAGGCUUUGCUAGAUAGGCUGGUGGAAAUUGCAGAAAAAGAUAAUGAGAAGUUCUUGUUAAAGCUCAAGGAUCGCAUAGUUAGAGUUGGACUUGAUAUUCCUACUGUUGAAGUUCGGUUUGAGUACCUAAAUGUGGAGGCUGAAAUUUAUGUUGGAAGCAGAGCAUUGCCUACAAUAUGUAACUUCUUGGUCAAUAUGUUAGAGGGAUUCUUAAACUAUCUUCCCAUUCAUCAAAGUAGAAAGAUACCCUUACCAAUCCUUCAAGACGUUAGUGGCAUCAUCAAGCCUCAGAGAAUGACAUUGCUUUUAGGCCCCCCGAGCUCUGGAAAGACCACACUAUUGCUAGCUUUGGCUGGAAAACUCGAUAAAGAUUUAAAAUUUUCGGGAAGUGUUACCUACAACGGACAUGGAAUGGAAGAUUUUGUGCCGCAGAGGACAUCGGCUUAUAUAAGUCAACAUGAUCUCCACAUAGGAGAAAUGACAGUGAGAGAAACACUGGCUUUUGCAGCGAGAUGUCAGGGGGUUGGUCCACGUUAUGAGACAUUGGCAGAAUUAUUAAGAAGAGAGAAGGCUGCAAAUAUUAAGCCAGAUCCUGAUCUUGAUAUCUAUAUGAAGGCAGCAGCACUAGAAGGACUGGAGACCAGUAUAGUUACUGACUACGUUCUCAAGAUUUUGGGGCUUGAAGUCUGCGCUGAUAUUAUCGUGGGGGAUGAAAUGUUAAGAGGCAUUUCUGGUGGACAGAAAAAACGAGUCACAACAGGGGAGAUGCUGGUUGGACCAGCAAUAGCAUUGUUCAUGGAUGAGAUAUCCACUGGUUUGGACAGCUCAACAACUUUUCAGAUUGUAAAUUCACUGAGGCAGACCAUCCACAUUCUCAGUGGAACUGCAGUUAUCUCUCUUCUCCAGCCACCUCCAGAAACUUACGAAUUAUUUGAUGAUAUAGUUCUCCUCUCGGAUGGGCAAAUUGUGUAUCAAGGUCCCCGCGAAAAUGUCCUUGAGUUUUUUCGAUAUAUGGGUUUCAAAUGUCCUGCGAGGAAAGGAGUUGCGGACUUCUUACAAGAAGUAACAUCAAGAAAAGAUCAGGAGCAGUACUGGGCACGUAAAGAUGCGCCUUACAGCUUUGUUACUGUGAAAGACUUUGCCAAAGCAUUUCGCUCAUUUCACAUCGGUUGCAAACUUGACGACGAGCUUGCUACUCCAUUUAACAAGUCCAAAAGCCACCCUGCUGUUUUAACUGCUAACAAGUACGGUGUUAGCAAGAAAGAGCUAUUGAGAGCUUGUGUUUGGAGAGAGUUCCUACUGAUGAAGAGAAACUCAUUUGUCUACAUCUUCAAAAUAAGCAAUCUCACUUUCUUGGCUUUCAUAACAAUGACAUUGUUUUUGCGAACUGAGAUGCAUAGAGAUACAAUAACAGACGGUGGUAUCUAUUUGGGUGCUCUUUUCUUUACGGUACUUGUAGCCAUGUUUAACGGAAUAUCAGAGCUCAAUAUGGCUGUUAUCAAACUUCCCAUUUUCUACAAGCAAAGAGACCUUUUCUUCUAUCCUUCGUGGGCAUACGCUCUACCCGCAUGGCUCCUAAAGAUUCCAAUUACCUUUGUAGAGGCUGCCGUUUGGGUGGUCAUGACUUAUUAUGUUGUAGGCUUUGAUCCAGACAUUGGACGGUUUUUCAAACAAUAUUUUUUGAUCAUGUGCAUUAACCAGAUGGCAUCUGGAUUGUUCCGAUUUAUGGCUGCAUUAGGAAGGAACGCGAUUGUGGCCAGCACAGUUGGUGCAUUCGCUUUACUUGCAGUGCAGGUUCUGGGAGGAUUCAUCAUAUCUCGAGACGAUGUGCAGAAAUGUUGGUACUGGGGUUAUUGGGUCUCCCCGCUGAUGUAUGGACAGAAUGCCAUAUCUGUAAACGAAUUUCUUGGGAAGAGUUGGAGACAUGUACCUCCUAAUUCAUCAGAACCGUUAGGAGUUUUGAUCUUAAAGUCUCGCGGGAUUUUUCCACGGGCAGAUUGGUAUUGGAUUGGAGUAGGAGCUUUGAUUGCGUAUAUUUUUGUGUUCAAUUUCCUUUUCACUUUGGCUCUACAGUAUCUCAAUCCUUUUGGUAAGUCUCAGGCAGUGAUGUCGAAAGAGACCUUGGCUGAUAGAAACGUUAACAGAUCUGAACAGUUCAUUGAGCUAUCAUCUAGAGGAAAAGGCUCUCCCGAACAAGGGACUGAAGCUCUAGGAAGUAUAUCAUCCUGCUCUCUAUCUGCAAGGGUGGGUAGAAUUGAUCAAGCUUAUCAAAACAGGAAGCGAGGAAUGGUUCUUCCUUUUGAACCCCUAUCCCUCACUUUUGAUGAAAUCAGAUAUGCUGUAGACAUGCCACAGGAAAUGAAAAAUCAAUGUACUCAUGAGGAUCAACUUGAACUUUUGAAGGGUGUGAGUGGUGCUUUCAGGCCAGGAGUCCUAACAGCUCUAAUGGGUGUUACUGGUGCUGGUAAGACCACACUAAUGGAUGUCUUAGCCGGAAGGAAAACCAGUGGAUAUAUCCAGGGAAGCAUCAAAAUUUCUGGGUAUCCAAAGAAGCAAGAAACAUUUGCCCGCAUAUCAGGAUACUGUGAACAAACUGAUAUCCACUCUCCUUAUGUUACAGUCUAUGAGUCUUUGCAAUAUUCUGCAUGGCUUCGGUUAGCCCCUGAAGUUGACUCUUCAACAAGAAUGAUGUUCAUUGAGGAAGUCAUAGAGCUCGUGGAGCUGACCUCAUUAAGAGAAGCACUAGUUGGACUGCCAGGUGUGAGUGGCCUCUCAACCGAGCAGCGCAAGAGGCUGACAAUUGCAGUUGAGCUUGUUGCCAACCCAGCUAUAAUAUUCAUGGAUGAGCCAACCUCUGGCCUUGAUGCCAGGGCAGCAGCAAUAGUAAUGAGAGCAGUGAGGAACACUGUGGACACAGGAAGAACAGUGGUUUGCACAAUUCAUCAGCCAAGCAUUGAUAUAUUUGAUGCCUUUGAUGAGUUAAAUGUUGCCUUUCAGUUACUUCUUUUGAAAGUGGGAGGGGAGCAAAUAUAUGCUGGUCCAUUAGGCUGCCAGUCUUCACAUCUGAUCAAGUACUUCGAGGAAUUAAAUGGAGUUCCUAAAAUUAGAGACGGCUAUAACCCUGCAACUUGGAUGUUGGAGGUUACUUCAGCAGGGCAAGAAGCAUCUCUUGGUUUAAAUUUCACUGAUGUGUACAAGAACUCGGAACUAUAUAGGAGAAACAAAGCAUUGAUCAAGGAACUAAGUGCACCGCCACUGGAUUCCAAAGAUCUAUUCUUCCAUACUCAGUACUCACAAUCGUUCUUCACCCAAUGCACCGCUUGCCUAUGGAAACAGCAUUGGUCGUAUUGGCGAAAUCCAUCAUAUAAUGCUGUGAGACUCUUAUUUACAAGUAUGAUAGCUCUGUUGUUUGGGAUGAUAUUCUGGGAUAUUGGUUCCAAAAGGAGAAGACAACAAGAUCUGUUCAAUGCAAUGGGUUCCAUGUACACCGCUGUUCUGUUUCUUGGAGUACAAAAUGGUAUGUCGGUGCAGCCAGUUGUGGGUACUGAGAGAACGGUAUUUUAUAGAGAAAGAGCAGCUGGAAUGUAUUCUGCUCUGCCAUAUGCCAUUGGACAGGUUGUUAUUGAGCUUCCGUACAGUUUCCUUCAGACUGUCAUUUAUGGGGUUAUAGUAUAUGCCAUGAUGGGAUUCGAAUGGAAAGUGGGCAAGUUCUUAUGGUAUCUUUUCUUCAUGUACUUCACCUUAUUAUAUUUCACAUUCUAUGGGAUGAUGACCGUGGCUAUAACUCCCAACCACAACAUUGCCACCAUACUUUCAUCUUCCUUCUAUGCAAUAUGGAACAUUUUCUCUGGAUUCGUUAUCCCCCAAACGAGGAUUCCAAUAUGGUGGAAAUGGUACUACUGGGCUUGCCCCGUUGCUUGGACCUUGUACGGAUUGGUGGUUUCACAAUAUGGAGAUGUAAAGGACAAACUCGAGUCUGGUGAAACAGUGGAGGACUUUGUCAGGAGUUAUUUUGGGUUUAGAAUUGAGUUUGUGGGUGUCAUUGCGGUCGUGCUUGUUGGGAUCCCGGUGCUCUUUGCAUCCAUCUUUGCCUUCUCCAUAAAGGCAUUAAACUUUCAAACCAAAUGAGACUGAAGGCCAUGCAAGGCAUCUAGAAUUACUUGAAGUUCCCCAAAGCAUCUGAAUCUGCCAAGUGUCACUCACUACUUUCAGUUCGUACGUUGAUCAGACUGCCAAAUUUCGGCAGCAGAAACGAUAAUGUUGAACAGCUCUUCUAAUUCUUUGGAUGGAAUAAACGUAACUGUAAAUUAAAAAAAUGCCCGAACAUGUGUGGAUGGAAAAUAAAUGUAGUCAAAGAAAACAAAAAAUUAUUUUAAUUGAA